GCACGUCUAUGGGAGAGGGACUGGCAGAGACUGAAGUUGAAGGGAUGCAGUAGGUGUGAAAAUACAAAACAAGCCGCAUCGAUGGAUCUGACGCCUAUCUCAACUGACAAUCAACGACAGUCACCACCAAUUCUCUCAGUAUCUGAAAGCAACCAGGAUUCAGGCUAUUUUUCUCUUUUGGGAGAUUUCAUGGACCCACCGGCACAGUUCGUACCCUUGCUACCUGACCUGUCUACUGGCCUUAUCUCACCCAGGUGUGAGAUUUACACACAGCCUAUCCUAAUACCAAAUACAAGACACCAAAUCAGGGUUGAGUCGCUCAGUCUGGAGAGCGAGCACAGUCGGACCGCCUAUUUGAGGUCAUUGUCAGAUACCUCAGAAGAUUACUUGCCUACGGACCCUGUGUCAGACUUGUAUAUCUUUGAAAGUGAGACACAAGAUUUCAUCCUGAGUCCAACUGCCCGGGAAAUUAAAGUAGAUCCAAACCAUGACGACUCUCCCUUUGCGUUUUGUGAUUCAGCAAAGAAUGUGACACACAGUAAAGCCCUAAACAAGGACUGGGUGAUGUUGGCGUCUGAGUCAGAGCUGGAGUCGCUCACCGAUGUCACCCCUCGAGGACCGAGGAGCGUCAGUCCUGCCGAGCAGUGGGCUGACGCCUGCCAGUAUUUGGAUAAGAGGGAUGUCUUCCCUUCUUCCACUUCCAGCGAGUUAUCUUUGGAAGAGACAUGGGUGUCCGGUUACACUAGGGAAGGGAUUGGCUGGGGCGGGGAUGACAACAUAGGUUGGAGGCCGCCAGUGGAGAGGUGGUCCUCAGUGGAAAGCUGGGCCAGCGCACUCUCAGAUUGGAACGUCAUCGGGAUGCCGGCGCAAGAGCUCACAGCGACCUUCUCAGAGAUAGGAGCAGAGAUAGACGCCCUUACCGAAGCGCUAGCGGACAUUCAGCCCUACAACGAGACCGAACAAGGGAUGGGGCUCCAGGAUCGGCCUGUCGGAGGAAUCAUCCAAGAAGAAUCCAUCCAGUGUGAGCAGGAAUACUUUGCUUUCCAAACACAAGUAGGAGACAUUGUCCAAUCUCUUGGCGAUUCAACAGCGAACACCCAAACGCAACCAGAGGAACCUCCAGUUGCCAACAUCGCUGAUGAAAACCUAUCCCUUGUUUCUUCUGGCGAAGAUCUAGACAUCCUAAACCCUGCAUGGACUCAUUUAAGGGAUGUGGACCUUCCUCGAUUUGUCCAAUUUUUAGGGACAGAAAACUUGAAAGAAGACAAGAUUGUACUGAAGAUAGUGGAGGAUGGAGAUGUGUCAGAACAACCAGCUGAGCCAACAAAUGAACAGCAGUCUGAAGAUGGGUUGCUUAAGGUGACAGAAGAUCACAGCAUCCAUCUGCCUGACUCGCCACCCAAUCAGGGAACAGAUCCAGGAGCCUGUUCAACCAACGACGAGCAUUUCGAAGCUUCCUCAGAAGACAUGAUGAAUCUCUGCAUGCCAUUGUUUAAAAGUGUUCCAUCACUUAAUACUCUGACAGACCAUGAUCUCGAAAGCCAGAUGAUCUCACCGGUAUCGUGCCCUACCUUCAUUUUGCCCGUCGCUCCUCUCGAGAUCAACUCAGCGUUGGAAUAUCGCAGAAGCAGCUUGGACGGAGAUCAAACAAGGACUUUCAAUGAUACCCAUCCACGAAUCUGGACUCUGGGCCCCAGCGAGGAGGUUCAAGAACUUUCUGUCAUCCCUGAGAUGAACCGAACCAUUCCAGACAUACCACACGUCUCCAAGUCGGCAAAACCGAACAACCAACAACAACCUAAAGAGAAUCAUGCCACGUCAGGAAAGACGCAACCCAAAAGCGACGUCAAACCCUGCGGUAAGAAAGAAAAAUCCGCCUUCCACCAUCAUACCGCUCCUGCGCCGAAGAAACAGGACAACUCAGCUCACCUGGCGAGCGGUAAACAAAAACAAACCCAAGAAAAUCACAGCACUCAGCCUGUCAAAGACACGAUCACACUCAUCGAGAAUGCUAAACCGCACGGCAAGAAGAAGAAGAAGCACCACCACAACACGGAAAACAGUGCAAACGUGAAGGACACCAAUGCACGGAUGGAAAUUUCCGACGCCAAGACAAACACCAAAAUCCGCAAGGACGCCGAGACGUCAGACCAUCCUGCAGCUUUGAAACCCUCACACGGGGAACACGUCCGGCAUAAUACUGACGGCAAAAGCAAACACGUCCUGCCUUGUGACGAUACUAUUAAAAAGCGACGCUUGUCCAAGGAUAAGUACGCUAAAUUUUUGGACUCGAAGCCUAACGUAUCUACUCCAUCGAAGGCGGAGGACAGACCAAAAGUUGAUGUCAGAGCACCGAAUAAGAAGACCUCCAGUGACGUGGUCAAACAUAAAACAAGCCCACCGGCAGAAGAGCCGAAGGUGAUUCACCCCAUCCAGGCGGAGUCCGUGAGUGGAGACCCCCAAAGUCUGAGUCUGUGGUGUCAGUUCACCACUGUCUUUCGUGAGCACACCAUCACUUGGAAGCAAGAAGCUGUUGUCCUUCUGGAGGUGAAGCGAAGUGCAGGGGACGAGAGUCGAGCAUCCUUGACUAUCUUCAACGCGUCCCACAAAGACCUGGGCAAGUACCAGUGUUGUCUCAGUAGUUUACAAGGCACCAUCACGCUGGACUACCUGCUCACAUAUGAAGUGCUGCGUGAGAUCGUCAUUCUUCCAUCGCCAAACAUCGCAGCCAUCCUCGUCGAGGCGGGCUACGAAGCGGAGGACGUCCAGUGUUCCCAGCUGCUGUUCAAAGAAGACUUCCUGUCCGAGCAGUACUUUGGCGAGAACCAGUCCGUCAGCAUCGUCACCGAGAAGACCCACUUCGGCGAGGGCAUGCACCGGCGGGCGUUUCGCACUAGGUUGUGCAAAGAGUGGGUGCCACUUCUGCCGGCAGGACCCUCCUGCGUACUAAAAGUCCACACCGCAAUCAGCUACGGGACUAAGAACAAUGAUGACCUUGUUCAGAAGAACUUCUCCUUGGCUGUGGAGGAGUGUCACGUUCAGAACACGGCCCGGGAGUACAUCAAGGAGUACACCGCCGCCACCCAGUCUGUCGACGCCUUCGGAGAAGUCCCAGAGAUCAUUCCUAUCUAUCUGGUUCACCGGCCAUCCAGCGACAUCCCGUACGCCACGUUGGAGGAGGAGCUAAUCGGCGACUUUGUCAAGUAUUCGGUGAAGGACGGCAAGGAGAUCAACCUGAUGAGGCGGGACUCCGAGGCGGGUCGCAAGUGUUGCGCCUUCCAGCAUUGGGUGUACCAACGGACGGACGGGAAUCUGUUGGUCACUGAUAUGCAAGGCGUAGGAAUGAAGCUCACCGACGUUGGAAUUGCCACAUGUAAAAAAGGUUACAAAGGCUUCAAGGGCAACUGUGCCACCUCCUUCAUCGACCAGUUCAAAGUGCUGCACCAGUGCAACACGUACUGCGAGAUCCUGGGCCUCAGCUCCCUGCAGCCCAAAGCGGCCAAAAAGGUCGGCUGUGCUUCCAGAAGCAAAGCGCAACCUUCCGCUGGACCCAAAAAGAAGAUGUUUGGCCCAUCUUUAAAGGGCAAAUCCUAACAGAAAGUUGUGUUGUUGAACUGUGAUGUCUUACUUUGACUUGUUUUUCUUUUUUUUUUAUGACUUUGGUGAGGUUUCCAUAUGCACAUGUUCAUUAAAUUAAUGAACGGAUUAAUUAACUUAUUGGAGGAAAUGUUGCUGACUAUGAAAUAGAGAAGUUUACUGUAUUUGUAUUGAUUAAUUCAGUUGUGAAAUAUGAACUUUUCGGGAUUUGGUUUCGUCCAAUCGUGUUUCUGAUGUGAAUUUAAAUGAGUUUGUCACUGGUAGACGCCAUUCGCUUCAAAGAGAUUGGACGUCUAUGGCUGUCAAUUGCAGUCGGUGAGUUAUUUGUGAUCAGUAGCACUUUUUAUUACUGAAUUGAAAAAACAUACAGUGAAGAUUUCAACAUUUCGUUUCACCUAUUUUGCUUUAAUUCAGUGGACAUUUUGCUGCUCCUCCUGGUUUGCACACUUUGGCCACUAGGGGGUGAGAAUAAUACAGACAUGUGGAAAUCUGGGCUACUUUUGAUUAAAAUUCAGCAGUUUGGGAAGAAACCGUUUUAAUAGUUUACUUGUAUGAAGUCCAGGUUAGUUACUGAAGUAGAAUUUUUAGUGCCUCACAGCGGAUGAGCUAUGAACUGCAUGUCAUUUCUGAUUUGGAGGCACAUAAUUAAAUACAACAAAAGAAUGCAAAAAAUAACGUACAUUAAAAUGUGUUAGAAUCACUGUAUGUUUUAUUUAUUUAUGUUUUUUCCGGUGUAUUUUUAAUCGUUUCCUCGUGGAAAGUGGAUUUCUGCUUUUAACACUAAUCUUAAUCAAAAUGCUGUUUGAAUCGGCUUCGGAAAAUAUUGUCAAAGUUGUUUUCCGACAGUGAUUUCUAUUGACAAGUGUAUAUUUUUGAAGUUCAAUUAUAAAUAAACAUGGUUAUUUAUUCGUUAGCUUGUUUAUUGGAACAACAGUGCAAAUGUUUGAAAGUUUUCUAAGAACAGCAAGAUCUCCCACGAUGCUUAUCAGCCAAAUAGAUUCUACUGCAAUGUGUUUCAUUACUGUUGAUUUAUUUUUUUUCUGGGUAUAAUAUGAAAAUAUACAUAGGAUUGUAAGAAGGAAACAUCUUUUCUUGUCAUAUUUAUUGAAGUGCUCGUAUUUUCUUUACCAUUUGGCAACCCUGUGUGGAUCCACUGGAAGAAAGUUACUGUGGUACCUUGGUAUACCUGAGUUAUGAGUACUCUGAGGUGGUUAAAAUUGAUCAAAGCCAGUUGUUUUUUGUCAAACCGACCAUCCCGCAGCCACACAUAAUUCAAAUUUAUCACAAUUUAAGGUUGUUCAUUUAUUUUGUACACAGUUUAAGCACCUCGGUGAAGAUGUGCUCCCUAUCAGAUGCAAAUUAAUUGAAAAAUUAUGUCAUUUGUUUGUGCUGCAAUCAUUUUAGAGAUAUUAACAAUUCUUUUAUUGGUCAUUCUGAGGUCAUCCAG